CUGAUCUGCAUCGUUUUCGAUUAAGCUUCUCCUAUCAAUCGAAAACCCUUAUGAUACAUUGAUCGGAUUCGAUCGAGCGAUUCGACACGAAAUCGCGAUGUCAAUCCGAAUUCCAUCAGCUUCUUGGGAUUUUCGCGGUUUCCUACUCUUUUUCAUCUUCUUCAGCUCUUUCCCUGGAACAAUAUUAACACAAGAAGUUACACUUGAUUCGAUUCGGAUUUUCACGACUCACGAUUGGUUCUCGACUAAGCCUACAGUCUAUUUCCAAUGCAAAGGAGAGAACAAGACGGUGUUGCCUGAUGUGAAGAGAACCAAUGUUUCUUAUGCUUUCAAUGGUGAAGAAUCUUGGCAGCCAUUAACCGAACUGAAAGGAACAAAAUGCAAGAGAUGUGGAAUCUAUGAGGACGACCCCCUUAAAUAUGAUACAUUUGACGAAUGGGAGCUUUGUCCUUCUGAUUUCACAGCAGAAGGUAGUUACAAGCGCGAAAAGGAGAAAGAAUUUAAUGCUACUUUUCUUUGCCAUGGAUGCUCACAAGUAGGAGCUGGUUCGAAUAAAGAAUCGGGCACUGAGAAGGAAGAAGAAAAGGGUGGUAUGCAUCCUGCAAUUGUGGUACUGAUUGUAGUACUCUUGUUAGGUGUAAUUACGGUGGGACUUUUGGUAGGUUACAAGUAUUGGAGGAAGAAGAAACGGCAACAAGAGCAGGCCCGGUUUCUCAAACUGUUCGAAGAUGGUGACGACAUUGAGGACGAACUUGGCCUUGAAAAUACCCUAUGAAGCCAAGUUCAGUGUGGCACAGUAACUCUAAGUUCCCUCUAUGUACAUACAUACAGAGCUUCUUCAUCCACCUCACAAUCAUUUUUUUGUGUUGGUCUGAAAUAGAGAGAGGAGACAAAUGAUACAAUGAUACAAAGAAGCAUUUGCUUCAUACAAAGACAAAGUCAGUGUUGUUAUUUCUUUUGUCAUAAAUGUUUGACAAUUAA